AUGAUGACUGCUGAAUUUGACACAGGUCAAUUAACACCGUCGCCACCACCACAAUCAAAUGGACACAGCGAUCCUAGAUCACAACUUGAAACAACACUUGAAUCUUUAAUUAAUAGAUUAUGGGACAUAACAGUAAAACUCAAUGAAUAUGACAAUCACCAGAAUAAACAGUCAUUAACGAACUCAUUAGUGGAUCUUGCAACAUUAUACGAAAAGGUAAAUACACUUCAAGAAAAAAUCAAACAAAUAGAUGUACCUAUAGAUGUAAUAGAUUCUAUUGAUGAAGGUAAAAAUCCAGAUAUUUAUAUGAGAGAUUACGUUGAAGAAGUUAUGGUUGAGCACAUGUCCGUGAUAAAUAAAAAUAAUGCUGUGAUGGGUUAUGGCUCAGAAAAUUAUGGUAAAAAACCAAUGAAUCAAUCACAAGAGAGGACCGGUGUUAAAAGAACUUUGAUAUCUGAUAUUAAUGCUAGUCGUACUGGUGAAACAGUAAACAUUCGAGCUAGAGUACAAACCUCAAGACCAACCAGUUCAAAACUUGCAUUCUUUGUUUUUAGACAACAAAAUGCUACAAUUCAAGGUGUUUUAACUGUCGAUGAAAAAGAUGUGAGCAAAGGAUUCGUUAAGUUUGCUUCCAAUCGUGUUGCAUUAGAUACACGAUUAAAUCAUCGUAUAGUUGACCUUCGUACAAUAACAAAUAAUGCAAUUUUCCGAAUUCAAUCUGGAGUUUGUCAAUUAUUUCGUGAUUUUCUUUUAUCAAAGAAUUUUAUCGAGAUUCAUACACCAAAAAUAAUUAGUGCGGCUAGUGAAGGUGGUGCAAAUUUAUUCACAGUGAAAUAUUUCAAAGCAUACCUUGCACAAUCACCACAAUUAUAUAAGCAAAUGUGUAUAUGUUCAGAUUUUGAGAGGGUAUUCGAGAUAGCACCUGUUUUCCGAGCAGAGAAUGCAAACACUCAUCGACAUAUGACAGAAUUUGUUGGACUUGAUUUAGAGAUGGCUUUUGAAGAACAUUAUCAUGAAGUACUUGAUAUCCUAGAUGAAUUAUUUGUCUAUAUUUUUGACGGAUUGAAAACACGAUAUAAAUCGGAAAUCGAAGCCAUUAAAAAACAGUUUCCUUCGACCGAUUUUGAAUAUAAUUCACAGAAAAGCUUAAGAUUGGAAUAUAAAGAUAUUGUUAGUUUGUUAAGAGAAAAUGGGAUUGAAAUAGGUGAUUAUGAAGAUUUGAGUACUGAAAAAGAAAAACUUCUUGGUAAAUUGAUUAAAGAAAAGUACAAAACAGAUUUUUACAUAGUUGACAAAUUUCCAUUGGAAGUUCGUCCAUUUUACACAAUGCCAGAUCCUAACAACAAGCUCUAUUCAAAUUCAUACGAUUUUUUUAUGCGUGGACAAGAAAUCCUUUCAGGAUCACAACGUAUUCACGAUCAUAUAUUUUUGGAGGAGCGUGCUAAAGAACAUGGCGUUAAUCUUGCUACAAUACAAUCAUACAUUGAUUCGUUUAAAAGGGCAGCUCCGCCUCAUGCAGGUGGUGGUAUAGGAUUAGAACGUGUCGUUAUGUUAUAUUUGAAUUUAGAUGAUAUAAGAAGAAGUUCAUUGUUCCCUCGUGAUCCAAAACGUCUUGAACCUUAA